CAAACACACACACAGACACACACACACACCCACCCACACACACACACACACACACACACAUGCUCCCUCCCACUCACAUACUCACACACAGUGACAUAUGACUGAGUCAAGCUCAGUUUUUACUUUGUAAGUGAGGUGACAUGAGGCUUUCUGGGAAGCGUAGUCUGGUUGGACGACAUUCCUUUGAGAAAUAAGCAUGUGUGCUCAACAGCGGGAACUUUCCUCACCACUCUGCUUGGAUAUACAUUAAUAAAGUCAUCUGUGUAAGAUGUCCCUGAUGGCCAUGUCUGCUCCCCGGGCGUCUGUGUUUACCUUUGAGUCGACGGUGCAUUCCUCCCAUGUGCUGCGCUGCCUGGACGAGCAGCGGCGGCGGGACGUGAUGUGCGAUGUGACCGUGGUGGCCGAGGGUCAGAGCUUCAGGGCCCACCGCUCGGUGCUGGCCUCCUGCAGCGAGUACUUCACCCACAGGAUCUCCUCCCUCACGCAGCAUGGAGCCGUACUCACUCUGCCUCAGGAGGUGACAGCUGCUGGUUUUGAGCCCUUGCUGAAGUUUGCCUACACGUCCAAACUCCUCUUUGGCAAAGACAAUGUCUUAGAAAUACGCAACUCAGCCUCCGUCCUCGGUUUCAGAGACCUGGACGAGGCGUGCUUUGAAUUCCUCCUCCCUAAGUUCUUCUCCAGCACCAAGGGCUCAGCCCCGUGUCCUAGAAAGACCUGUUGCAAGAAGAAAUACAAGAGGCAGCUAUCAAAGACACAAGACAGCUGCACAGACUCUGACGCUGUGUUGUUCGGUGAGAAAGAAGUCAAACCAGUUGAUUACUCACCCUCUCAGCAGGAAGUGGUUUGGCCCCGCGAGAAAUCAGAGGGCAGCAAACUGGGAAGUCAGAAAAGUGCGGCCCCCCUCGCGGCUGCGGCUGAGGGGGAAAAUGGCGUCUUCUUGCGAUGUCCAAAGUAUCGCAAGUUCCAGCAAGCUUGUAGGAAGGAUGCUCGUGCUGAGGAGAAAAGUCUAACAGCGGCCGUCGGGGCUGAGUGCUCUCUGUCCUGCUCACCUUGUUCCAGCAGCACGAACAGCAAGAAUGAAACUAAACAAACACAUCCUGCCAGACUCAGGGACAACGGAGCUGAUCAGCGACGGACACCUGAAAAACAUGAACAGACAAAAGAUGUGGGCAGUGGGGAGACUGAGGAAGACACAAAUGAAAGAGAGAGGACAUCGGAUGAUAUUAUGAAGAUGGAGGAAGUGUUGGAGCAAGCCGCUGGGGUCAGCUCUCGGGAUAGAUCUAAUGUCUCUGUGGCUGAGAGGUCACCAGGGUUAAUAUUUUACCAUUGCCCGCUGAAGGCCUCAGCUGAGGCCCCCGUGAUUACAAGGUCACAGGGGCAGGAGAGGAUCAUCAUGGACCUUAAAGACGACAACAAAACAAGGGAGUCUGGUGGAGAAGAGCCAGUGUCCAUCCUGCAAAGGGCAGAGGAGCAGGCAGAAGCUGAGAGGGAAAGGGGAAUCAUGGACAGAGGGACCCUGCCAGUGAACCAUGCCAGAGAGGGGAGCCCCGUGGGGUCUGAUGAGGGCUCAUCAGACCCUGACGCAGGAAGAUCUUCCAACUCAGGGAGCGGACAGCUGCAGGCCACAUCUGAGGAUUGGCUGAAGCGUCACGUGAACCUCAGGUCCAUCAGCUCGGACUGCCCCUUCCUCCAAGAUCCGUACCAGGGCAAAGGCCAAUGUAAGGGAGCGGGGCUGUCGGAGUGCGCGUCCCAAUCGGGGGUCUCCUCCCUGAACUCGGGGGAGGAUGGAGACUCGGACACGGAAACAGAGGGAGACAGCGAGGCCUACACGAGAGAGAGGGCCAGACAGGUGCAGCUGCCCUUCUCUGUGGACUGGGUUGUGGAUCUGAACAGGAAUGACUUCCAGCAGCUGCUGAAGCAACAGGUCUUCACGCAGGAGCAGCUCGAGUUCGUCCACGACAUGAGACGCCGCAGCAAGAACCGCCUGGCGGCCCAACGCUGCCGCAAGAGGAAGCUGGACUGCAUAUUCAAUCUGCAGUGUGAGAUCAACAAGCUGAAGACGGAGAGGGAGAAACUGAUGGUGCAGAAGAGCCAGCUGAGCCAGAUGAAGGUGACAACACAUCACAGUGUGUCUGCGUUGUGUCACAGGGUCUGCAGCGAGGCCAACCUGCAGCCGGAGCAGCUCCAGGUGUUGGCCAAGUACAUGUCUCCAGACUGCCCCCUGACCUCCCUCUUCCCCCACAUAGACGCUCUCCUCUCACAGUCCGGGUUGCCCCUCCAGCCCCCGGCCUCUGAGGAGGACUGGUGUAGCCCCGGCAGGGACACGGGCCCAGGAGACGGUACAAAUGUCCAGCACAGACACUGAACGUCCACAUUAAACUCAGAGGUUCAUGGAGCGGGAGCUGUUAGAAGGUGUCGAACAGUAUCUGAGGACAUUACCGUGGACUGUGGACUGACAAGUGGCUGCAGGAUAAAACAAUCACAUACGUCAAAAUGAUAAGACGUGAGAUAAGUGCAUUUAUAACGACGAGGCCUGCACACAGCUAACGCCACCAUUUUGUUUCAAACCUAUAUCAAGAGGUUAGGAAUUCAUUCCUGGUGUCCGAAACCAUUCAAGUGACUUUAUUCCCCCCACUCUUGAUUCAGGGGUGUUGACCUUACGUGAGAGAGAAGAACUCAUUCAUCCAGAAUUUGCGUCGCUCUCACUCGAAACCCGGUGCCGGCCCUCGAAUAGGCCUCGCUUGUGCUCAAACUGUGCACUCGCUCUCGGACAUUUUGUUGUUUGAACCGAUUUUCUGUCUGAUUCCUCCUCUUCUUCUGCGUGAUUAGUGUUUUUAUCUCUGAAACAAUAUCAGCUUUAUAAAUGUAAAUCAAGUGGGAACAGUGCGUGUUUAUGAUUCAAUGCUUGAUUACCUCAGGAAGACAAAAUCAAUGUGUGAGUGUGUGUGUGUGUGUGUGUGCUUUUAUUGUUUGUUGGUACAGUUUGAUACAGUAGCCUUCACGGCACAGUGUUGGUUCUGAACUCUGACAUCUGAACAAAAGGACUUUGCACAUUCACCCUCUGGUCUUACGUCUGAGUUUCGUGUGUUUUUGCAGUGUCACUGUUGUCGUCUGAGGAGGGACGACCACAGUGACUCAGCUCCUUUUAAUCUUUAGAGUUUGAUCAACGAAAACAGAUUUCAAAUGGCUUUAAAGGAGACAUACAAUGCACACUUUCUUUCCUCUAGGUGUAUGUACAAGUUAAAGUUAAAAAGCACAUGCCCUACAUGUGCAUACUGCUCACGUUGCCACCCCCUUUAAAAACCAGGUAAAGCAUGAGCGCAGUCCGACAUGUUAAAGAAGCUCAAAUCAAGUGUUUCAGACAGAGGCUGAAAAGAGGAGCUGCAGCAAUGGACAAUAUCAGGAAAGUGAUGUGUUUUCUGCACAUUAGAGCAUUUAAACGUUUUCAAGUACAAAUUAAAUUAUGUGUUUGAAUUUGAGCAGAAUAUGUCUCCUUUAAAUGUUGCUGUGUAUACGAAAAAAGUAUUUUUAUAAGAUGGGAAUCAUUGCCGGUUAUUCGAUCAAAAUCAUCCCACUGACGGAUGCAGUACGAGCAGAUUUGUGGUUUUUUAUUGUGUCUCCUGUUGCCAACGAUCAGCAACACAAUUGUUUGUUUGUUGCAUCCCAAUAAUUACCCAAUUUCCUGCUGCUCGUUCUGUUCUUCUCUCCGUGUUCGUAGUAAAUCUUUGACACUUAUGACAACUUGAUACCAGGCUUUUAUGUGCACACUCUAUAUUUAUUGAUUUACAACAAUCAUCCCAGUGCAGCUGCUCUCACAACGAUGAGAGUAAAGUAUGAAGUUGAUACUGUACGUGCAGAAGAUGAGAAGAUGCAGAGUAAGCAUUUCAUAGUUUUCCAUGAUCGUGGACUCUUAAUGUGUUUAUUGAUGUUUGAUAACAACCUGUUUCUCUCAGACACCAAGCUGACGUCAUGCUUGAUAACACUGGUGCUUACUGCCCUCUAGUGUUAAUAGACUGAGCUGUAUGGAUGUGAACCACAGGACGUGCUGUUUCUACUCAUGAAGGAACAUGACUGUGCAAAAGGAUUCCUCAUAUAUUUUUUUUAUAAGAUAAAUGUUAAUAAACUAAUCACCAUUAAAAUGUAACAA